AUGGGAAAGGUACAUAGUUUUCCUUUGAGAAAAGACCCUUUUUCACAAUUACUACAAUGGUCAGAAUUAACAACUAGUCAAUUGGUUUUUGAUAGUGACACAGACGGAGAAGAUCAAGAUAGGUUUCUUCAAUGUAUUUUAAAAAAAGAAAAUCUUUAUGUCAUUGUCAUUGAUGAAUUUGAUACAAUCUUUGGGAUAUAUCUUCAUUAUCCAUUAAUGUCACCAUUCAAGUAUCCAAGAGACCCACAACAUUUUAUUUUUUCAAUGAAAAAGAAAAAUAAACAAGAGUUUAUACGGUUUUUACCUAAACAAACUUCCUUAAAUAAAUCAUUAAAAGGAGUAAAUAAUAAUAAGAAUUGUUUAUUUAUUUGUGGAGAUGAUUCAGUGUGUAUAUGGAAUUCAAGGUAUAAAAAGAGUUAUAUAUGGGAACCAAUGAGAGUAUAUGAAAUGAAAGAGAAUAAAGAAAUUAAUGGAACAGAAUAUCCUAACUUACACAAUUUAUUUUCAAUACAAAGAAUUAUUGUUAUUCAAAUGAAAUAA